AAGGACACACGUGAAUUCAGCGGUCUUCCGAAUUGUUAUCGUGGUUCAAGGUCAGAGGCUUCGUUGUUAGCCUGUCGGUUUUUACCAGUGCGGGGAGGAAAUCAACUAUGUCAGUCUAAGCAGACAAGCCUACUGUUGAUCUCAAAAUAAGCUUUAAAAGCAGUUGAAGGUGAGAAAGAGCUUAUAAGAGAAUAAUGAAGCUUAGUACUGAUCGUGAAUUCAAUGGAAAUCUUGUUUAACACUACACAAAUCCUGGAAGGCUGCUCAGAAUUCAGUUGAUGACUUCCAUACGGAUACAGUUAAAGUUAUUAAUUGACAGGAACCUCAUUUUACCAGUGAAAACUUUGGUAUAGUUUACCUGUAGAAAUAAUAAUAGUAAUAAUAAUACUAUUGAUAACACGACAGUCCGUUAUACUCAUCAUCUCAUAACAGGAUUAUCUACGAAUGUCUAAGAAUUUUAUUGACAAAUUACGCAUAUUUGUUAGAGCUGGUAGUGGAGCUGCAGGCAGUCCAGCUGUAAAAGGUCAAGGAGGAAAUGGUGGCAGUGUCUACUUAGAAGUUGAUGAAAGUCAAACACUGCAUAAAUUGCUACAGAGUAAUCCAACAAAACGUUUCAAAGCAGAACACGGACUAGAGGCUAGUAAACGUCGAGGUAUAGUUGUUGGACAGGAUGGUAAAGAUUUGACGAUACGAGUCCCUGCUGGGAUAACAGUUCUAUUCGGUGGUCAAGGGAAUUCAUCAGCUAGUAGUGGUGGUACAGAGCAAAGAAUUAUUGGAAAUUUAGAUAAACCUGGUCAAAAGUUACUUGUCGCUCAAGGUGGUCUAGGCGGUUUUCGUCAGAAUAGUUAUGUUGGUACACCGGGGCAAGCGCAUAGUAUUAUACUGGACUUAAAGCUGAUGGCUGACUAUAGUCUUGUAGGCUUUCCAAAUGCUGGGAAAUCAAGCCUGCUGAAGGCGUUAUCCGGUGCACCAGCUAAAAUAGCCAGUUAUCCAUUUACUACAAUUAAGCCACAGGUGGCACUUUGUAAAUAUCCAGAUCAUCGACGAAUUAGUCUAGCCGAUUUACCAGGUCUUGCUGAUAUCUACGCUCGUUACGAUGCCAGUGAUGAUAACGAUAAUGACGAUAAUACAUCAGUUAAUUCCCAAUCGUCGAAUACAUCACGGACUUCUCUGCCUAGUCUACGGCAUACAAACUUUUUAAAGCAUGUUGAGCGUAGUUCUUGCAUUCUACUUGUCUUAGAUUCACUUGGUUUCUGUAAAGAUCAAUUUAGUCAUCGGAGAAAUGCAUUAGCUGUUGCCUAUCUAGUAUUAAAUCAAAUGGAACGAUGGUCUAAUGGCCUAUUGCUUGAAAAACCAAUGGCUUGUAUAUUAAACAAGAUUGAUAAUCCAGGUGCAAUGGAUGAAGCCUUAGAGACUAAACAUUACCUUGAAUGUAUGGAUUCCCCAGAGGCGAAAAAGUAUUCACAAUUACCACCUCAAUUGUUACCGAGAAUCACACCGAAAUUCCAUUCAAUUGAAUUAGUGUCUGCUCUACGUCAUACAAAUAUACCAGAAUUAAAAGAAAAGCUACGUAAUUGGUUAGAUGAAAUUGAACUUAGAAAAUGGAAAAAUGAUAUCAGUCUACAGAGUAAAACUCAACAAGAGAAAGAAAGAAAAUCACUCAAGGAUAUACAACCAACUUAUUACUGAACGAUACUCAUUUAUUGAUUUAUUCAUUCAAUCAUUUUGUGAUAUACUACUGUCAAUAUUAUUAUUACUAUUGUUAUUAUUAUUAUUAAUACUUUUAUAUUAGUUUAAAUCUUAGAUGAUUGUUGUACAUUACUUGUAUUGAUUGAUGACUAGUGUUUUGUUAAUAAUAAUCAUAAUAAUAACAAUAAUAAAUGGAGGAAAACGAG